AUGAACCUAAGUAAAGAAACAGGUGAAUAUAUGGGAGAAGAUAAGGCAUCCAUUGUUAAUAAUAAUUAUGUUUAUAAAAAGAAACAGUCUAAAGCAAGCAAACUUGCUACUCCAACAUUAAACCUUACCUCUUCAAACACUAGAAAACGCCAUAGUACGGGUAGAAAAAUUAAUGUUAAUAUCAGGGAUGCUAUUUAUAAACUUCCAUUUGAGAAUGGUUGGAAACGAGAAUUAGUAUACAGAACAUCAAUUGAAUCUAUUAUUCUUAGUCGCACAAAUAGUAGUAUUGAUGUAUACUAUUAUUCUCCGACUAACCAAAAACUUAGAUCAUUACGAGAAAUUCAAGAACAAUUGGACAUCUUAUCUGAGAAAGAUCUAACCAUAGAAAGUUUUACAUUUUCAAAACAACCAAUUGGCAUGAAUGAUCAAUCUAAAGAACUCAUCAGAGAUGCACAUUCUAAAUUAUCUAAAGAAAACUCUUUUUUUGGUUUUGCUGUUAGACCUAAAAGAUCUAAAACAUUUGUACAGCAGCAACCAUUUGAAUAUGAAUUGCCAGAUGAUGAAAACAACGGGUCUUCAAGUAAAAUGAAAAUUGUUUUUAAAGAUGCUAACAGUUCCUCUAUAGUGAGAUCUAAAAAAGGUAUUUCAGAAUCAAUGAAUACAUCUUCAUCUACACCUGAAUACAUAUCUGUAGGUGGCCAAGCUAUUCAAUCUAUUGCAUCACCAACAGUUUCUUCUCCAAAACUUGAGAAAAUUGAUAUAGAUAACACAAUAAUUAAAAGACGGAAUUGUGAAAUGAAUGGUUCAACAGAAAUUGUAACAUCUUUAGCAUCCAUGCAAUCAAUAAAUUACGGGAUUAAAGCAUUGAGACAUGUUUUUGAAUAUUUGGAAACUCAUGAGCUGUUAUCAGCUUCUAGAGUGUGUACCGCCUGGCAUUUUGUUGCAAUGAAUAAAAACUUUUGGCAGAAUGUUCGUUUAAAAAAUUCUAUGGUCUAUGACUGGGAAAGAUUUGUAAACACAAUUAAUCAACAAGUAACUGAUGCAUUAGACACUAGGAGUAUGUUGAUACCCUCUGAAGUUAAAGACGUUGAACGUUUUUGGUUGCGAUUUGCAAACGCAAUGAAAAGAGCACAAAUGUUAAAAUCCAUUGAAUUGUAUACAUGUCCUGUCCAUGUAGUUGAAGAUAUCAUUUACUCAUUACCUCAAAUUGAAGUACUUAAUGCUACUUCAAUAAAAAAUCCAAAUUUGACGAAAGAGACAAAAAAUCUCAAUGCCUUAAUGUACCUAAACUUAAAUCAUUUGGGACAAAUGACAAAGCUCACAGAGUUAAGACUAAAAGGUUUAACUGGAAUAAAAUUGACAGCAUUGCCAUCAUUUGAAAAUUUAAUACAUUUGAAUAGAUUUUCAUUAACCUCUAUUAAAGCAUUUCCAAAAGAGAUCUAUCAGAGUUUGAAUACUAUUACUGAAAAUAUUGAGGUUUUUGAAAUUGGUGAUUGCGAAUACUUAACAAAGGAUAUUGCUGUGUCACUAAAAAGAUUUGUCAAUUUGAAAACAUUGAGAUUAGAAAAUUGCUGUAAUGGAUGGGAUCAAUCUGCACAGGAUAUUUUUACUGUCAUGAAAGGUCUUGAAAAUCUCAAUGUUCUGGAAUUGGUAAACAUAGAAUUCAGUAAUUGUGUCGAAGAGGAAUUGGAAAAAUGUGAUGGUAUUAAAUCUUUACUGGUUAUUCCUACUUAUGUGAGCCAAUCCGCAACUACUAACCGUCACCUUAUUGACUGUCUCAAGAAACUCUCCAAGACAUUAACACACUUGGUUUGGGGAUUGACUCAUGAGUUACUUCGUUAUACAGACAUAUUUAUACCUCAAUAUCAACAGUACAAGCAUGCUAAUGGUUAUACAUUUGAAUUAUCCCAUAGCAAAGAAACAACCAACAAUAUACCUAUAAUCAGAAAAAGAAAGCCUACACAGCGCCCAGGAGAUGAGGUUACUCUUAAAAAAAAAAAAGAUGAGUUAGAUAAUUUGGAUAUAUUUUCAGUUCCUCAUCUAGAGAAAUUAUUAGAUAAUAUGAUGCCUGAUGCUAAGACUAAGGUAAUUAAAGUUCCCUUUUCUGAAACAGGUAGAGUUUAUUUGAGUGAACUGUUUAAUGAUCUUUAA